AUGUUAUCUACAAGGAGAGCAAUAUCUAAAGUAUGUGAACUGCUAUAUGGCAUUGAUAGCAAGAAUCUUAAAGGAUUAAUUGGUAUGGCUUCACAAAGACAACUUUCUUCGAAAGAAAUAUUUGCCUUGGAAGAUAAGUGUGGUUGCCGAAACUAUGCGCCUCUUGCUGUAGCAUUGUCACGAGGAGAAGGCCCAUUUGUGUGGGACGUGGAAGGGAAGAAAUACUUUGACUUCUUAAGUGCGUAUUCAGCCGUAAACCAGGGUCACUGUCAUCCUAGAAUUAUACAGGCUUUGAAGGAACAGGCUGAUGUACUUACUUUGGUGUCUAGAGCAUUUUAUUCCGACAAGUUAGGAGAGUACGAAAAAUUUAUGACAGAAAUUUUCGGUUUUGAUCGUCUGUUACCCAUGAACACUGGGGUCGAAGGUGGCGAGAGUGCUUGUAAAAUAGCUCGGAAGUGGGGCUAUGAUGUCAAGAAGAUACCUGAGAAUCAGGCAAAGAUAAUAUUUGCGAAAGGCAAUUUCUGGGGGCGCACGCUAUCGGCUGUAUCAUCUUCUACAGAUCCUGACUGCUAUACUGGAUUCGGUCCAUACAUGCCUGGUCUUAUGGUUGUUCCAUAUAAUGAUAUCCAAGCUUUAGAAAAAGAGUUGCAAGAUCCUAACGUAGCAGCUUUUAUGGUAGAACCCAUACAGGGCGAGGCGGGAGUCAUCAUUCCUGACGAUGGAUACUUGAAGAAGGUGCGAGAAUUGUGCACUAAGUACAAUGUGCUUUGGAUUGCUGAUGAAGUACAGACUGGUCUCGGGCGCACUGGAAAAUUACUGGCCGUUGAGCACGAAGGUGUCAAGCCAGACAUUUUGAUUUUGGGCAAAGCUUUGAGUGGUGGUGUUCUGCCUGUCUCCGCGGUUCUAGCUAAUAACAAUGUUAUGGAUGUAAUAAAACCCGGUACUCACGGUUCGACGUACGGAGGAAACCCGUUGGCUUGUGCGGUGGCCACAGAGGCUAUCAAGGUGUUACUAGAAGAAAAGCUGGCAGAGAACGCUGCGCUCUUAGAGCCGAUCUUAAGGGCGGAGCUUGAGAAGAUUCCUAAAGACAUGGUCACUGCCAUACGUGGUCGUGGACUCAUGUUCGCUAUUGAUGUACACGAGAGUAUCCCAGCCUAUGGCGUGUGUCAGCGGCUAAAGGAGGCUGGUUUGCUGGCAAAGCCCACACACGGUCAGACCAUUCGCCUCGCCCCACCUUUAGUGAUCACUGAGCAGCAGUUACGAGAUGGCGCUCAGCUUAUUCAGAAAGCCUUUCAAUCUUAUAAAUAA